GCAGCCGCCCCGUUCCCCCCACUUUCCCUUCCAGCCGGGCCGGGUGGGGGGAGGGGCUGGGCUGAGGCGGCGGCAGCUCGCUCGGGUGGGGCAGGGCCGGCCAGGGCGGGACCGGCCCGCUGUGGGCGAACCAGGGAGCGGCGGAGCUAACGGGUCCGGACGUCGGCGGCGGCGGCGGCUUUCUGCACGGGUGGAGGCGGUGGCAGGAGCGGCGAGCGUGGCCCGCGGCGCCGGGCGCUGAGUGAGGGUCAUGCUGAGGCAGCCGGGCGCCUGACAAGCGAGGGGAACCUGCCAAGGGAUUACUGCUAGCAGGAGCUGACGGCAAGACGGCAGGACGGCUGGCCCCUGAGGAGCGGGGAUGGGCAGAGCAGCCUCUGAGUUCGAGCCAGCAGCACCAGGAAGGAGGCCUGGGCUCUGGCUGGGAGCCUGGCACAUGCUCUGCUGACCCAGGUGACCCAGACUGCGUUCAAAGCAGCACGCCGCUGAGCAGCAGCUGUGCCCAGGCCUCAGGACUCCAUUGCUGCAGGAGCUCUGCACCCCCUUAGGAAACUGCAGUGGGGCUGGGACCAUCGGGAGAAGGGACCUGUACCUCGAUGGGAAGUGGAAGGACAGAACCUGACGCAAGGAGGAUCUUGGUCUCUGCAGCAGGGUUUUGUGACACCCACAGAGCAUCCUGGUUUCUUCCCUCAGGGUUGGGGCCCGGGUCCCCUCCCCUGGCAGAGGGGUUGGGGCCGGAGGACCAUCUGAGGGGUGGCUGCCUCUUGCAUGGAAUCAAGGCUGCUUGAAGCCCACAUGUCCUCUGUUGCGAUUGGGGUUCAAGGGCUUCCCUGCUGCAGGGGGCGAGGGGCUGCCUCGGUGUCUGCUCAUGAACCACAAGGACCUCGACUACUCCAGACUGGACCAUUUCAAGCCGCCAAAGAGGGGGACCCCCAGCGCUGGCAGCCAGCAAGCCCAAUGGACUAGAAGGCUGGAAUGGACUGACCUCCCCCUUGCCAGGGCAGCGGGAGAGGCAGAGCAUCUGUGGCCCAGCUAGUGACAGAGGGACCCAAUGAAGCCAUAAGCAGGGGCCCAAGUGGCUCAGGGACAGGGGAGCCACUCUUGCCCACGUGCUUUCUCCUGACCUUGAGAUCGGGCGUGGCCUGGGACGCCUGCUGCCGUCUGCUCUGCAGCACACGCCCUUAUGCCCUAGAACAGGCAGGCCUGCCAGUGGCCGGGAAAGGAGUGGCCGCAGGGACACCGGCCGCCCUCCGGGCUGGUGGUCCAGCCUCCCGGGGCCUCGCACCAUGAAGUGCUCCCUGCGGGUGUGGUUCCUCUCCGUGGCCUUCCUGCUGGUGUUCAUCAUGUCACUGCUCUUCACCUACUCUCACCACAGCAUGGCCACCCUGCCCUACCUGGACUCGGGGGCCCUGGGGGGCACCCACCGGGUGAAGCUGGUGCCUGGCUAUGCCGGCCUACAGCGCCUCAGCAAGGAGGGGCUCGCUGGCAAGAACUGUGCCUGCCGCCGCUGCAUGGGCGACGCCGGGACCUCCGACUGGUUUGACAGCCACUUCGACAGCAACAUUUCCCCUGUCUGGACCCGAGAGAACAUGGAUCUGCCCCCUGAUGUCCAGAAGUGGUGGAUGAUGUUGCAGCCCCAGUUCAAGUCACACAAUACCAAUGAGGUGCUGGAGAAGCUCUUCCAGAUAGUACCAGGCGAGAACCCCUACCGUUUCCGGGACCCCCAGCAGUGCCGGCGCUGUGCUGUGGUGGGGAACUCGGGCAACCUGCGGGGCUCUGGCUAUGGGCCAGAUGUGGACCGGCACAACUUCAUCAUGAGAAUGAAUCAGGCACCAACUGUGGGCUUUGAGCAGGAUGUUGGCAGCCGAACCACCCACCAUUUCAUGUACCCUGAGAGCGCCAAGAACCUGCCCGCCAACGUCAGCUUUGUGUUGGUGCCCUUCAAGGCCCUGGACCUGCUGUGGAUCGCGAGCGCCCUGUCCACGGGACAGAUCCGAUUUACCUAUGCUCCAGUGAAGUCCUUCCUUCGAGUAGACAAAGAAAAGGUCCAGAUCUACAACCCAGCCUUCUUCAAGUACAUCCAUGACAGGUGGACAGAGCAUCACGGGCGGUACCCUUCCACAGGGAUGCUGGUGCUCUUCUUUGCCCUGCAUGUGUGUGAUGAGGUGAACGUGUACGGGUUCGGGGCUGACAGCCGGGGCAACUGGCACCACUACUGGGAGAAUAACCGGUACGCGGGCGAGUUCCGGAAGACCGGCGUGCACGACGCCGACUUCGAGGCCCACAUCAUCGACAUGCUGGCCAAGGCCAGUAAGAUCGAGGUCUACCGAGGCAACUGAGAAAGGUCUGACCGCGACUCUUCCCGCCCGCCGCCCAGCGCCUGUGCGCGGUCCGGGUCGGGACCCUAGACCAGCCCCUGCUUGGCGGCUUCCGUCUGCGCGCGUCGCCGGGCGGGGGGCGUCUCCGGGCAACGCUGAGAGCGCCCGGGCCGCGGUCUGGACCAAUCAUGUUGCAGCCCAGCGAGCGCCGGCUGUUCCCUGCCAAUCACAAGACUGGGCCUGGCACCCAAUCAACGCGGCGGUCGGGCGGAGCCUCUGUUUGUCUCAGUCAAUCAUGCCCCUCAACUGGAGUCGACUUCCGGCGCUGGGCCCGUCUCCUCCAAUCAAUGGCCUUCGGGGCGAAGCGGCCGACCCAACCCCCACAGCCCUAGGCUCUUGGGUAGGAUUUUGUUUCACGCUUUUUAAAGAGAGGAGGUGGCUUCUGGCCUCGGAGAAGUACUGUCUGCAGGCUGGGUCGGAGCUGUCGCAAUUGCUUGCGGGCCUGACCCCGCCGAGGACGCCGAGAAGGAAAGGGAAGCGCGGGCCGGGCCGUGGCGGCUCGGCUUCCCCACCGCGGGGCCCCGCGUGGGUCCAGGAACGGUCCAUGUGACUUACGGGGGUGGGGGGGAAGCACUCUUGCACCUCAGAGGCAAAGCCAGAACCCUCCCAAACCUCUCCAGGCUUCCGGGAGAAUGUCAGGCCCCACAUUUCUUUUGUUGUUUAGUCCGAGAUGGGUGUUAACCCACCAAAGAAAGGCAGUGAGAAUCCAGAGGGCGAGUGGCCCUCACCCGACCGCCCCUCCCUCCCCGCCUUUGGCCACCCUAUGGAAUGGCCUUUCUGACCAGGGCAUCUAGUGUCUCACCAGAAAACGAACUGUGCUCACCCUUUGCUUGGGGGCGGGGUUCGCCCAGGGCCCCACUCGAACUCGGGUGUACGGAACUGGGCGGGGGACCAGGAAGCCCCCUCACGUCCAAUGUAAGGUGCUUCUCACUCACGUGUAUCCUAGGCCCCUACUGUUCGCUACAACUUCUAGUGUCUCCUUAGGCCCCGGGCCUCCUCACCAGCUACUUGCUCUAGAAAAAAAAAAUCAAAACAUGCCCUGGGAUGGAUUAGGGCGCUGCUGCUUCUUUCUUCUCUCUCUCUCUCUCUCUCUCUCUCUCUCUCUCUCUCUCUCUCUCUCUCUCUCUCUCAUCUAUCGCACAAACACGUCUUCGGCUGGCUCAAGGGAGAGGGAGCAACUGGUGGCAAAGACGGCUGGAGAUGGGGAGCCCAGCUGCCUGGUGCAUGCACCUUCUUCCCUCACAUAUCACCCCAAAGAGGAGUAAGAAGCCUCUUGCUUGGGGGUGGUUUUUGCUUUGGGCUCAUCAUUUAGUUAACCUACAAUGACCAGGUAUGGCUGACCAACACAAACUCUGUAAAAAAUCCCGAGCUGGCCGUGGAAAUAGCCGGGAGCCUAGCUGGGGAGGAGUAGACUUGCCCCUCUGCAUGCCUCCUCCCCUGCCCAUGGGUCCCUUUCCGCCGGCUCACCUCUUGCCUUCUCGCUCUCACUCACUUUCCAUUUCCAGCUCCGGAGUGGGCUGGGAAGCUAACAACCAGGGAUUCCAACUGGAAGCUACUACCUGCAUGAUUGAACCCAGCUUAACCCCCGCGAGGACGCUGCGGGUGGUAUUCAGCCUUCAAGGUCACGGGAUUUUAGGGAGGACAAGAGCUUCUGUGAAGCUUCCAAACCACUGAAAGGACCCCCACUAUCCAGCAGUGACAACACACAUGCCACCCAUUUUCUUAGUGAGUUGGUACCGCCAGGCAGCCUCCUGGCUGUGGGUGUAGUUCCUGCAGCCGGCUGGGGGAACAGUAACCAGAAGAGUAUUGGAGGAGGCUUGGGGUGGAGCAGUGGGCACCCCCAAAAGUUAAUAUAUGGAGAAUUUAGCUUGAGUCUGUACCUUCCUAAUUCCCAAAGUAGGUGAAAUAAAGAAUGGGGGUGGGUUGGGGGAAGUAGGAGUUUGAUGGAUUGCCUCCUCCCACCGUUCUGGAGAGCCAGGGCACCAGCCAUUCUUGCCAGUCUCAUCUCAGUGCUUCCUGAAGAGGCUGUUUUGAGUGUUUAGAAGAUGAAAAAAAAAAAAAACACAAAAAAACAAUGCAAUUAUGCCAAACAGUAUUGAGCAGAAUAAUUUAUUUUGUUUUUCUUUGUUUGUUUAAAACAAUAAUAAACCCCCAUUCUGGAAGAGGUAGGUCCCAGCAUCCAGCCCAGAUCUCCUUUUCUGCAAUAGUUAUUUAAACAAAUGUUUUUUUUGUAUUAUUUUCUUCCCUUUCUCUCUCUUUCUAAAUUAAAAAGGACAAAAAUACUA